GGUAUGGGGGUGAUCAGGAGGCUGAUAUGGGGUAUGGCGGUGAUCAGGAUGCUGGUAUAGGGCAUGGUGGUGAUCAGAAUGCUGGUAUGGGAUAUGGCGGUGAUCAGAACGCUGGUAUGGUGUAUGGCGGUGAUCAGGGCGCUGGUAUGGUGUAUGGAGGUGAUCAGGGUGCUGUUAUGGGCAUGGUGGGGAUCAGGAUGCUGAUAUGGGGCAUGGCGGUGAUCAGGAUGCUGGUAUAGGAUAUGGUGGUGAUCAGGAUGGUGGUAUGGUGUAUGGCGGUUAUCAAGGCGCUGGUAAAGUGUAUGGAGAUGAUCAGGGCGCUGGUUUGGCAUAUGGCAGUGAUCAGGGUGUUGGUAUGGGGCAUGGCGGUGAUCAGGAUGCUGGUAUGGGGUAUGGUGGUGAUCAGGAUGGUGGUAUGGUGUAUGGCAGUGAUCAGGGCGCUGGUAUGGUGUAUGGAGAUGAUCAGGGCGCUGGUUUGGCAUAUGGCAGUGAUCAGGGUGUUGGUAUGGCAAAUGACAGUGAUCAGGGUGUUGGUUUGGGGGUAUGGCUGUGAUCAGGACAUUGGUAUGGUGUAUGGGGGU